CUCCCCGCCGCCAGUCCCAGCGAAGAUGGCGAAGACCUACGACUAUCUCUUCAAGCUGCUGCUCAUCGGCGACUCGGGCGUGGGCAAGACCUGCCUGCUCUUCCGCUUCAGCGAGGACGCCUUCAACACCACCUUCAUCUCCACCAUUGGAAUUGAUUUUAAAAUCAGAACAAUAGAACUAGAUGGGAAGAAAAUCAAGCUACAGAUAUGGGACACUGCAGGACAGGAAAGAUUUCGCACAAUCACGACCGCAUACUACAGAGGAGCCAUGGGAAUAAUGCUGGUAUAUGAUAUCACAAAUGAAAAGUCUUUUGACAACAUUAAAAACUGGAUAAGGAACAUAGAAGAGCAUGCAUCUUCAGAUGUAGAAAGAAUGAUCCUGGGUAAUAAAUGUGAUAUGAAUGAGAAAAGGCAAGUUUCGAAAGAAAAGGGAGAAAAGCUAGCAAUUGAUUAUGGAAUCAAAUUUCUGGAGACAAGUGCAAAAUCGAGCAUAAAUGUGGAAGAGGCUUUCUUCACUCUUGCACGAGAUAUUAUGACAAAACUCAACAGAAAAAUGAACGACAACAGUUCAUCAGGUCCAAGUGGGCCAGUGAAAAUAACAGAAAACAGAUCAAAGAAGAGCAGCUUCUUUCGAUGCACGCUGCUUUGAUGAACUCCUAAUAAUAGACUGCAGCAUACCUAGAAAAAAAAACCCUUUUCCUGCUUCUCUGAAAGCACAGGCUCACCCAGCCUCAGAGCUGUUAUCACCAGGCUGCUGCUGAGAGCUCUGUUUGAACGUAGAGUGUGCUAAACCAAGAGAGAAUGGAUUUUGGUUCACUCUGCUUCUCGACAUGUCGGGCUCCCUCCUCUCAAAUAUGGAAGCCAUGAAGUUGAGAGAGAGAGAGACACGUGCAGGAGCUAAAUCUUCUUUCUUCAUCACUUUGUUUCACUGCCUGCUUCAAAAGCUGCUAAGUUUUUCUUUGCACAUCUGUACUAGCCUUUUGUUGCCUGUUAGAGCAUAGUCUUACACUUCUAUUUGCACAGCUUUUGGGGGGCCAGGUAAGCGUUCCUGAGCAAAUUUUUGUGCUACCUGCCCAUCACCUGUAACAUUAAAGGAUCAUACUAGAUCCACUAAAGAUAUAGGGCACAGCCCACCACAGUGCAACACCCAUGCUCCAAGAAUUUCCAUAGGGUCAAUAGAAGGCUACCUGCAAUUAUGUAUGGGCAGCAUAUAGACCCAUUAGAGCUGUGCAUACCUCCCAUUUUCCCAGCCAGCUGCCCUCCCCGUAUCCAGUUCAAGUUAGUUAUGCUCUGGAACAUGAAUUGUUCUGUUUGAAGGUAAGAAGGGGAGAUGGGGAGGUGUGCAUGGAUCUCCCGCUAACCCUGUGGUUCAUCAUGCUGCCUGUGUAGACAGAGAGAAGGGGGAAAUGGCUCAGGGCCCUGUGGGGAUUUGAUGUGCAUAUACGUUGUACACGUGGUGGUCUGGCAUAUGCCCCUAGUAUGUUUUGCAGACAUGCAAGUAUGUCUGCAAUAUAAAUGUGGUUUCAUGACGUGAUGGAAAGCUUAAUACCUCAGGCACUUAAAAUCUCCAUUUGGGUUAUCAUUACCAAUUUGUUUAACUAAUAACACAAAUAUCUUUUGACUUUUUCUGAAUGUAGGUUGUUGCCUUUCUGCUCUUGUGUACAGAAAAUGCCCCCUAAUGGCUUAUGACAUCUUUUCUUUCAUUAAUCCAGCUCAGUUAUUACUUCUAUUUCUUCCUAUAUUCUGUUGAAGGCAGACCUUCUGACAUCUGUGUUAUUAAGUGCAGCAAUUGUUUCUUGAGUAUAAAGCUUUAUGGUUACUGUUUCAGCCUGUUGAAUAUUGAAAGAGAAGCUGCACAUAGCAUGUGUGAUUGGCCCCUAUAGUUUUCAGAUGCUUUCAGUAAGGAAAAUGCUUUACAAAAAGCAGUCGCUUUCUUGCUGAAAAUGACCAUUUUUUAAUCUUGAGGCAACUGAUGUUAGUCCAGAAGUUUAGAACAGAUUGAAACUUAGCUGCCUUUCUCACUUAGCUGGGACUUCCCAUGUGUAGUCUAUUACACCACUAUUUAAAAUUUUCAUAAAGUGUUGGUUGACUAUAAAAUGGGUGCUUUAGUUUUUUUGAUGUGCCAAACAUGGACCUCUUUAAGCUAUAACUCCUAACACAGCACCACCUCAACCUUGAUGGCACCCUGCCCUGUUAGCUGCCGUUCCGAAGCGUGCUCCAUAAGUUAGCCAAGUAAGCACACCCUUUGAUUUCAUUUUUGGAGUGUCACAUGUUGACAUUAAUGUCAUUAUAGCUGUAUUUUGCAUCUUUGGAGGUAAAACAGGUUGGUCUUUGGCAGUCAGCCAAGAGCAAUUUAUUUGUUUUUCUCCUGGGCAAGUUAGAAAAAAAAUUAAUAUAGUGGAGUUGUGAAUUUGGGCACUCCUUUUCCCUUCUGUGACCCUAAGAAUAUUACUCUGAUUACCUCUUGGAUUGCCUCCAUCUAGUUUGAUGGAUUGAAAGAGUAGUGUCUGGCGGUAAUAUUAAACAGCAAAACACAAGUAUGCCUGAUAGCUCUGGGUCUCACACUUGAACUAAAGCAUUCUAAUUUUAUAACAAAAGUGCUUUCUUUAGGGCAAGUGUGACUAUACUCAUGAUGAAUGUCCCUCUUUUUAUCAUCUCUGACUUAUUUGUAUUGUAAGCUAUAUCUCAGGGGGUUGUCUGCAAGCCAAAACUGACAAGUUCUGUGGCUCCCUUCUGCAUAUUUUCUUUGCUUAUGUUGCUUCUUUGUCGUAAUUGUACUUCACCUCUUGGUUCUAUGUACGAACAUUUCAUCUCUGUGAACUUCCCUUUGAGAGAGCCUGUAACUAGUUGAAUCGAUAUAAAGUGCUUCUUGAAGCAGCAGCAAAUUGGGGUAUCUACUCUGUUCGUUUUAUUAAAAAAAAAUCUUGCUAUUUUCUUACUUCUAGCUGUGCUAAAAUGUACAUAAUUUGAGUAAGACCAUAGGAAAUUCACUUUAAGCUUUGGUAUAAGGUUGCCACACACAGUUCACUUUCUUUUAUAGUGUUAACGUUUAGUUUUUCUUGUCAAAGGAUUAGUGACAGAAUUGUCUGUUCCCUGCUGAAGUUUUGAAAACAUUUGUUUCAUGUGGAAACUACUUUAGUCUUAAAGAAAAAAAAAAUGAUGUAGCCUGUGCAGCUGUAUGAAGUGCUGUGGCUGCACCUGAAACUUUUUCAUAAUGUUUGAUUUUAGACCUUUUUUCUACAAAUAGUAUGCCUUGUCAAACUGAGAUGUGCUGUAUCUUACUGUGCAAAUACUUUCCUAGACAAAACAAGUCUUUUGUAGAAUGGUAACUCUGCAGAAGACUAUAAUCUCAGAUGUUUGGCCUUUAAAACACAGCAUUGCUAGCUAAUAGUUAAGAUUCCAAAAUUUGUCCAUUCUGCAAGAUACAACAAAUUUGGCUUUGCUCUACAGACCUCAUUCAGGGAUUUUUGGUUUUCUUGAAAAAGGACGUUCCUUGAUGCUUUUUCAGAAGCCAGAGAAGCAACAUUCUUUUCCUUCUCUCCUCAAGUCUCUAGUUCUCUACUGACUUUCUAAAUGAGAGAAUGCAAAUUUCAAAAUAUGCAAUCUGUGCUUAGCUAAACCGAUCAAUCCAUCAAAGCCUUGCUGUCUCCUUGAGCUGGAUUUUUUUAUAGCUUAAACAUGCUUGGUUUUAAAUUUUGCACAUCUGUUUACAAAUUUGGUCUCCUGUGUUGCAUAUGAAAUAUCACAAUCCUUUAUUUAACUUGGCAUUCUUUCUGUACAAUAUGUGUAAAAUACUUGCCAGUUUGGGGGGAGGAAGUGUAGGUUCUUAAUACACACACGGGGGGAGGGGGUGGCAUUUACCUGUCCCAAAUGCAUCCCCACUUCUCACGUUCAGAUUUGAAACAGCAAAGUCUGCUACUUCUGCUAGCCAAAAUGGAUGUUGUAUUAUGUCAACUGUUUGGUGGUUAACAGCUUGAAAGGCUUGUGACAGUAGAUAAUAUGUGCAAAUGUUUUUUUGGCAACUGAAAAUGCCUGAUUGGAAUGAGUGCUUUUUUUUGUAAGGCUAAAGAUUAAAGUGGCUAUUGAUCAGUCUCUGAUUGUGUGUUGCCACAUUCUAAAUCUAUAGUUUAUAUUUCAAAAUACAUGUAAACACAGGAUUUCUUAAACACAGUGUUUCCUGGGUUCUGGAGAAUGUGUAGUGCAUUCCUAUGGCCUUACAUUUUUUUUUCCUGUGCAAAUGACAUUUCCCUCCCUUGGGCUUAUUUUAAUGCAAUAUACUAAAUUCUGAAAAAUAAAGCAUGAUCCAAAAUAGCCUAAUUUUUACAUACAAUUAUUCCACCAUGUGUGAAGCACAGCACAACUUAUCACUGCUCCAAGGGCAUAAGGUGAAACAGCUCCUGCAGAUAAUGUGGACUUGUCAUGUGGUUAACUUGUAAACCUGAUCAUUAAUUGUGUACUGAUACUCUGUAAAAAGACAAAAGGGGGGAAAGGGGUGUUAUUUCAAGUGAACUCUUUUAUAACUAUGUGCGUCUCAAAUAAAAUUACAUAAUUAAGUGUUCA